UCGAUUGUGGCAAGCACAUCGUCGUCGUCUUCGUCUCGUCAAUCACGACGCUGCAGCUGAUCGUCCGCGACUCGUCUCGGUCCCGAGUUUAAUCAGUUUAAAUAUAAUAUUAAUGCGAAGUCAUCCCGCUGAUAAUCGUCUAACGUAUCACGUCGACGUUGCUAUCGAACUUUUAAUAAUACGCGCCGGUUCUGUGCGGGCAGUCGGUCGGUGUUUGAUUGUCAGUGCACAUCCGACGGCCACGACUUGAUACGCGACGCGACGCCAAGGGAGUGGUCAUUAUCGACGUAAUAAGCGAGAAUUGCAUCAAGAUGCCACACGUUCUAAAGACCUUGUUCCAUCUGGUCAGUUUAGCGGUUUACAGCUUCACAGUCUAUUACACCUACAAUGUAUUACAUUUUCCUGGGUACAAAAAGUUUAACAAUUUCGAUCCUGGCCAAAAUAAAUUCUUAACGGUGUGGAAUUUGAUUCUGCAAACGAUAUUCUUCUUGAUAUGUCUUCUAAACGAUUUAUUCGGCACAAAUGCUAUAAACCCCAAGAAGCCGCCUUUCACGCGGAAGUUGAAAGAUCACUUCCAUGCGAGUCUCGGGUUUCCGCUUGCUAUGUUCGUCGGCGUGACUUUCUGGGUGUUAAUGUUCGUGGAUCGUGAACUGGUAUUGCCGAAGGCACUGGAUCCGUACUUCCCGUGGUGGUUGAACCACUUAAUGCAUACAAUGAUCAUGGUGACGACAAUGUUAGAAAUGAUAUUCGUACCACGGCAAUAUCCUAAGCGAUCUCACAGCCUCGGAAUACUCGUUAGCUUUAUGCUCACGUACUUAGUCUGGGUACACGUAAUCUACUAUAAAAGCGGCGUCUGGGUGUAUCCCGUGAUGGAUGUGCUGACUCUGCCGCUACGGAUUGUGUUCUUCGCCGUGCUACUGACGUUCUGCGUAAUCCUAUACUUCGUCGGAGAGACUCUGAACAACAUCAUCUGGGGAAAAAAAUACGUAGCGGUAACGGAGAGCGUGGAGCCAGAUUUGAAAACGUAGAAACGGCGGAUGGACGAGAGGGAAUCUUAAAUGUACCGAUCGUAAUGUACCGAUCAUCCGGGGAUAACGUUGCUGAGGACAUUUUCUUGCUACAAGUGAGAGAAGUGCCUUGGCGAAAUCUAGUACGUUUACGGAAAGAAGAUUUUGAACUUCGACGAAAAUAUAUGAUUAUCCAUGUAUGAUUAUUGAGUAUAGUUUAAUUCAGCGAAUAAUGUAAUGAUACGUAAUGGCCUAGAAUUGAUCGCAACAUAUAUAUUUUCCUAGAAGUUUUAUUAAAUAUGUUUAAUGGACAGAGAGACUCUUGGCAUCUGUUUCCUGCCAGAAUAUAGUUUAAAUUAAAACAUGUGGCAUCAAAUAAAAAUUAUGUAUUGUUUACAGAAUGUGUCUCGUGAAUGGUUCGUUACGCUACAUAAAAAAUAUAAAUGAUAAUAAUUUAAUUUCUGAUUUUUUUUGGAAAAACGAAAAAAGAAAAGAUAUCUUACAUAUAAUCGGAACUUUAACACGUUGAGAAAGAAAGUAAUAUGUCACUUUUCAUAUUCCGCGUACAUAUUGUACAUAAUAGUAAAAUUUUAGAGAUGUUU